AUGGUGGCCGCUCUUCCAGGCGAGACGGCCAUUUCGGCCAAGCGUGCCCAGCUCGCGGGUAAGCAUGGCAUGAUGGGGCUGUUGAGCAACAAGAAAACAACAUGCAUCGGACUGUUCGCAUCACUGGGUGGUCUGGUUUAUGGAUACAACCAGGGAAUGUUCGCUCAGGUCUUGACAAUGCCCGCGUUUCAAGCAGCGACCCAGGGAUAUGCCGCGAAGACUGGCAUCCAACAGGGAAUGCUGACCUCUAUCCUCGAACUUGGUGCGUGGGUGGGUACACUAGCCAAUGGCUAUCUGGCCGACGCGCUCGGUCGUCGCUUGACAGUGCUCGUUGCCGUGGUGGUGUUCUGUGUCGGUGUCAUUGUCCAGGCAUGCACGGAAAGUCCUGAUUUUGUGUUUGGAGGGCGUUUCGUGACUGGUCUGGGUGUUGGUAGUUUGAGCAUGGUGGUGCCGCUGUACAAUGCAGAGUUGGCACCCCCGGAAAUUCGAGGCUCUCUCGUCGCCGUGCAGCAACUGGCCAUCACAUUUGGUAUCAUGGUCAGCUUUUGGAUCGGUUACGGAACAAAUUAUAUUGGUGGUACAGGAGCGUCACAAUCGGACGCUGCAUGGCUGGUACCAGUCUGCAUCCAAAUCCUGCCUGCUAUUGUCCUGGCUGUGGGUAUGAUGAUGUUCAUGCCCCAGUCCCCACGUCACUUGAUGAACACCGGUCGCGAGGAGGAAUGCCUGGCUACCCUGGCCCGGCUACGUAACGCAUCCACAGACGACUUGCUUGUCCGGAUUGAAUUUCUGGAAAUCAAGAGCGUCUAUCUCUUUGAAAGGGAGACGGCUGCCGAGAAGUACCCCAACUGGCAGGAUGACUCGUUUUCCAGUCGAUUCAAGAUUGGACUACAUGAUUAUCUGUCGUUGGUCACCAACAAAUCUUUGUUCAAGCGAACCGCAACGGCUUGUAUGAUCAUGGUGUUCCAACAAUGGAAUGGCAUCAACGCAAUCAACUAUUACGCACCUUACAUCUUCAAGGACAUGCAACUUGGUGGCAACACCAUUUCCCUUCUCGCGACUGGUGUGGUGGGAAUUGUGGAGUUUAUUUUCACAAUCCCUGCAGUACUCUGGGUUGACCAGAUUGGGCGGAAGAAGAUCUUGAUUGCCGGUGCAGCUGGAAUGGCAAUCUGCCACUUCAUUGUCGCAGGUAUCAUUGGUGCCUACCAAGGAACCUUCGACGAACACAAAGCUGCGGGGUGGGUUGCCAUUGUAUUCGUGUGGAUUUUCGUCAUCAACUUCGCCUAUUCCUGGGGACCAGUCGCGUGGAUUGUUACUUCAGAGGUAUUCCCUCUCAGUAUGCGUGCCAAGGGCGUGAGUCUUGGUGGCAGUAGUAAUUGGUUAAACAACUUUGCAGUCGGCACUGCCACGUCUCCGUUUCUGGAGACUAGCAACUUUGGUGCGUUCAUCUUUUUUGGAUGCAUCACGACAAUUGCGAUCGUAUAUGUCAUUUUCCUAGUUCCCGAGACCAAGGGUCGCACUCUCGAAGAAAUGGACGAGAUUUUCGGAUCAGGCGGCAUGGCGGCGGCAGACAAUGAACGCAAGCAUCGUAUCGAAAGCGAGAUUGGUCUUCUCGCGCUUGUUGGGGUGGAGCCUGCUGAUGAAAAGCACACCGGUCUCGGCGAGACCAGGGUCGAAUACUCAGAAAAAUGA